ACAGAUUAAUUAAUAUCCAGGCAAAAAACAAACAAACAAAAAUUACCAGUACAUUUUCUGAUUUAUUUUUAACAGUGUACAUUUUCAAUCGGACAUCAUCUUCACAGUAACUGCUAAAAAUGAAGGGAUUGGGGGGGGAGUGCUGUUCACUGCUGGAGCGACUCUCUGCUCUGCAUACGCGCGCAUGCCCGCUGGCACCUUCAGACCGGCCGCGUGCACGCAGAUGCUGAUGCUGAGAAAACACCGCAUCUUCACUAGAGCUAUAAACCUCGCGCUUCCCGGCUUUUUAAUCGUUGAGGGAUUUCGUCGAUUUCGCAUUAUAGCGCAUGUAAGGUAUAACUGCUCAAACAUUAAGAAAAAAGACGGCUCUUCUCGUCUGGGAGGGGGAGGGGCUGGGAGAGUAAGGGCGGGAGGCGAUCCAGUCUAAACUAGUUCUGUACAACACGCCUGGAAUGCGACCUUAUUCAAAUCGAAGCGAUUUCUUUCGGACAUCAGUUACUCUGGAGUACACCCAAGGCGUUUAAUACUAGACACUGACGUAAUCUGGACAUGUGUCAUGUAAGCAGGAGUAACUGUGUUUAUUCUUGCGAUAGAAAUGUAAAAAAAAAAAGAAAAAAGAAAAGAAGAAAAAAACGGAUAAAAGAUAAAUCAAGCACUUCAUGUGGGAAUCCAAAGAAAGUGUUUCCUAUCUCACAUCUCGUAGUAAUGUGCUAUGUUAUGACCAAAUCCUUCACACUGACCUUCUGCACACCGUUUAUUCUAAUGGGUGCACGUUAUUACUACAGCAGAAAAGUCAUUCUCAACUACCUGGACUGUGCUCUGCAUACUGAUAUGGCUGACAUUGAGGCAUAUUACAUGAAACCCACAGGCUCUUGUUUCUGGGUGGCAGUUUUGCAAGGCCAGGUUGUGGGCAUCGUGGCAGCGCAAGGCCGAGAAGACGACAACACCUUGGAACUCCGUCGCAUGUCAGUGGAUUCUCACUUCCGUGGAAAAGGCAUCGCCAAGGUUCUGGGUCGACGCGUUCUAGAAUUUGCCAUGUUAAACAACUACUCGGCUGUAGUUCUGGGAACAACUGCAGUCAAGAUGGCCGCUCACAAGCUGUACGAGUCUUUGGGUUUCCGGCGAGUGGGAGAGACUGAGGACUACACGCUGCCUGGGAUGACCCGUUCACUGCUGGAGAGGCUCUUCUUCCAGAUUCGCUACAGCCGGUACCGAUUGCAGCUUCAUGAAGAGUGAGAGACAGACAGUUAACAUGAGAGCAGAAGAUAGAAUAUAAACGACAAUGCCGGCAAUGACCCUGAACCACCCACUGACCCGGUCCUCUUCUUCUACCUAUUUAUUUAUGUUUUGGGCUUUUUUUAGAAGUCACAUCUGUUCCUACAACCUUUAUUUUUAUUCAUUUUAAUUUUUAUACUUAUUUUCAUGAUCAUUGUUUUUGAGGGGGUUUCAUUCCUUUGACCACACUGGAUGUUUUUGCUCUUAUUCUUUCUUUUUACGGUCAUCUUUCUCCGACACCAUGAACAAAUGAAUAGCCCCAAUGAGUUUAUCUUAAUUGGAUAUAAAUGUAAUUUUGUUUGCAGUGACAGAUUCCCCCUUGAAACACAUCAAGGCAGCUGAAUUCUGCCUCUGACCUUUUUCCAAACCAUUCUAUAGGCUGAUCCACACAGUAGCACAUACCACUAUAAACAAAGUUCAUGAUCCAGUGGACAUCGGAACUGGAGGGAAGGAGGUAGUAAGGUUUGAUCCACCUUUCAGAUGCCACCUUCCUCAUGAGGAAGUACGUUUGAAACUUGCAACAGCAGCAGUCUGGUGGAGUCAAACAGUCCAACUAAUUGUAAUUUUUAGCCCAAAGCACAGACUUUUUAACUGUGUUUAACCAAUGAACAAAAAGAGCUAGAAAUGUGGAAUAUUACGAAGCCAGUGAUUUAUAUCCCUAAGCAUCCCUCGUUUAAUAGGUUACGAUAACAACUUUGCAAUAUAAUCUUUAUUUGUUUUGUUAAGCAGGUUCCUAGUGCUGAGCCACAUUAUCAACAUUAAGAACGGUCAGAAACCACUAGAAAAACAUGAAUGUUCAUCAUGUUAAAGAAAAAGAUGUUUCUUUACACUUUAUUUGGCUGACAUAAAAGUUUACAGAUAUAAUUGCUACAGAAAAGUCACUUUUCUGAAAUCUACAAAAAAAUUCACUUGAAAUCUGAUCCUAAAAGUACACACAUUUCAUAUACUGUGAUAAUCUGUAUCACACAGUCCGAUUUUAACAGAUUCUAUUUGUGUACUGAUUUGAUGAAGCUUUAAUAAUGACUUGAUUAAACUUUCGUACACUUUGUGGGUAAUUUCAAGAUUUGGGUUUGGGGAACAAUACUUACUACAAAAUAGCUGCAUUGUGGUCAUGCUUCCCAGUCUGAUAUUGCUCCUCUGAUGCAAUAUCUAAAAUACAAACAAAGCAAAUACAAAUGCAAUCAGACGCCAAGUGUAUUCAAAUUCAACUUGGGUGGCAUAAAAGCAGCAACGGAACUAAUAAAACCGAAAUUAAACUGGAGCACAAAUCUAAAUUUGGAUAAAUAUUACAAAAAAAGGGACUGUAUAAGUAAACAAUAUAUAAGGCUUUAUAUUCUGCAACUAUUCAAUAUGUAUAUGUAAAACGUUUGAAUACAUAUAUAUGACAUACCCAUAAUCUCUCUCUGUCUCUAUCCUCCUAUCACAGUACCAGCACAGGGAGAGAUACAAACCACAAUGAGCCUCAUCUGUGACAAUGUUGUAUAAAGUUAAGAAACUAAAUGUGACUUAAAAUACAUAGAAGUAACAUGUAGUGCAAAAAAAAAAAAAGAAGAAAAACAAAAAAAAUGAACAAACAUAAACAUCGUCAGUUUUCCUUGACUUUAACCCCACCCCCAUCCGAAUAUCUUGACUGCAACCCUGGGCCAGACCUCUCCCUCCCUUACGCCCCCACCCUUCAACCCCACCCCCAUCUCUGCAUGCGCCACGGAGUCUUGUUGCGCUGCCUUUUUCCCAUUCUAGCUUGUACUAUCCCCAUACCUCCCUCCCUCUGUGAUGUCACAGUAGCAGUGUGGAGAGUUGUGGGCAUGGCUUAGAAUGCGAGAUGGGCGGGGUCUACCAAAUAAUAGGACUACCCACCAGCUUGCUGCUUCAAUGACAUCACAGCUGCCAAUAGUAGAAUGCAAAAGCAAUGCAAGUUUGUGGCAUGCCUCUGUACCUGGUUUGUGCGUACGGUGCCUGCCCUGGAAAAGAAGUAUAUUUAAUACUAUGUAAAACAAGCUUCUUUUUUUAACUGAACAUAUAUAACAAAUAUGUGUGUUUCAUUGUUCAAAGAAAUUGUUGUUGCAUGAAACGUCUUUGAAAGAAAAAUGAGCAAGAAAAUACCAUCUUUCACAUGGCAAGUCUUAAAAGUGGAGCUGUUUCUUUUGAUAUUUCUAUGUAAUUUCAGUUCAUUCUAAAAUUCUUACUGUCAUCUUUUAGGAUAUUGUGAAAUGUCCUUUUUCUCGUAAGAAGGCCUUGAAAAUUAUUAAUCUGAAAGCGCCGUUUUGACUGCAGUUCAGUUACGUGACGCGUCUCACUUUACUUGUGAGGACGUCUUUAUUUUAGUCAUGUGGGUUGAAGCAAAAAGGCACCAAGAAAGCAAUUCACUAGACACAGCUUUGCCAGUUGCGUUUGCCAGUCAAAUUAGACAUAGCAUUCACCUGUCUCUCUUAAAAUUGACUCAUUAGGUGGCCAGUUAAGCUGGGUUUGAAUGCACUUAACAUCCUUAAGAAGAAAGGUCGGGCUGAUUAAAUCCAUGAUGGGAUAUUUGAACUAUCAACAAGAAAGGCAGUGUAAACAGGCUACAGAUCGCUUACCUGAGAGCUUGUGAAACAUUUGCGCUAAACUGUGAAAGGCCAAAACAAUCCACAAAUAAUCAAACACAUCAAUGGAAUACAGUAAGAAAAUACAUAAGGAGCACAGUUGUAUUCAAUCCAACAUUUAGGAAUCCGUAUCAGAUCAACUGGAAAAAUCACACAAAUGUCUUAAUGGGAUUUACCAUAGUGCUGGCAGAUGUGAAUGUACAUGGCAAUCAGCAAUGUAUUGCGUAUUUUGAAGAUCCAGAUUCGAACAGUGUUUGAUGUACUUGAGGUCUUUUGCUAUGAGUGUUAUUCUUAUACCGUAGUGCAACUGCCUUGAAAAUCCUUAUCUUAUUAUUCUGAAUGCAGUUAGCAUGGGAUUGGGGAUUUCAUGUAUAAGGUGCAUGUAUUGCUGCCAGAUUGAAGAGAGCCUUAUUGUAAUGCUAAAAUGGCAAGCAAGUGCAAGAACACUAUGAUCACUGCUUGUGUUUAACUAACCCGUUGACCAGUCUCUGAUCAUGCCGCUAGUUUUGCACACGCUAAAACUUUUGCACAGGCUAAAGGCUCAAUUAAAUUGGAUUUAUGUAUACAGUUAGUGUGUCAUAUGUGGGUUUAGAUUGGUGACUUGAUUGGCUAGUGAAUGUCUCUGAAAGUUGGAGCAGUGCUCAAGAGAGCGGCCGAGUUGUUAAGCAAGGAUAAGAAGCUGGGGUUUUACCCAAGUCUUAGAAAAAAACUAAAUAACAAAAAAAACAAAACAAAAAAAAAACACAGAAAUAAAGUGCAUUCUUUGUAUAUACAUUUCUAGUGUUAGUUCGAAAGAAAAGUUGAUGAUAAGGCAUUCAGACUGACCUUGGUAAGAUGCAUGAAAGAGAUGGCUGCUAAGAAUGUUUUACUCAGAGGAGAAGGGAGUCGGAGAAAAUCCACAAUUUGUAGAUGGUCUUGCUUCAUCACUGUCACCGUUUAGGUGAUACAUGGAACAAGCCAAGGCACCAAAGUGUGGAGCUGCUCCCUUCUCCCCUCAUUUUCUAGGUUGAAAGCACUCCCUUAAUUGUGGCUUCAAGUGGCAAGGAGUUAGUGGCACUUGUAGCACAAUUGUAUGAUUAUUUUCUUUUUUCUUUAUUUAAAUUUUUUUUAAACAAGGGUUUGUCUCUUAUGCUUAUCUAUGAUCCACUACAAUGCAUUAACAGUAUUUUUUUUAAAAGUUAAAUUUGCCAAAGUUGAGAUGUUUGCUGUAUUUCAUUUCUUUUGCCGUUUGUCUUUAAGAUGUUGUCACAACUCAUCUUUGUAGAAUUCAUUUGGAAAUCAAGCCUAUGUGCCAUUUUAUCAAGCAAUAAUUCAAAGUAUCACAGUUGGAAAAAAACAACAACAUAAGAACAUGAUCCAUGAGAUUAUAAAAAUGUUAAAAUGCUGCAUUGAUGUUCAAUCCCUCAUACUUUACUGGUGACAGUCGCUCAGAUGUUAUUAGUAUUGGCACAGCAACAUCACCACGGGCAAGCCAAGGCCUGACAAAGUGUGAAUGUGAAUUUUAUUUUUUUUGUAUAUUCUCAUUAUGUUUUAUAUUUCCUCAAUUCUAAUUACAACUAACAUGUUUACUUGCAUCUUGAAUUCUUCAGUUUACGGUGGAUGUUUAUGUUGUACUGAUAUGAUGCCCGCAAAAAUAAGUGAAAAACCUUUGUGACUGGGUGAUGUCAUGGGCCUCUGAAA